AUGGAUUCAAGUCAUCAAUCAUCACUCAACUCAGCACGAGGUGCGGGUACAACAUUCGGUCCAGACGAUACAAACCCUUCCUCCACAGCUACUCCAGCAACAUCAGUCGGCUCUGCAACGGCAGCUGGACAUGGUGAUCAUCCUCAAGACAAUGCUGACGACAGCAAUGCAACCCUACCAGGUUCUAAAGUUGGACCACAGGACGAAGAUUUGGAAGGAGAGCAGAUGAGAGCUGCUGGAGAAGGAGAUGUGAUGGAUGCACAAUUCAACAAGAAAGAUGCUGGAUGGGGCGAACAAGGAAGUUUGACAAGUGAUCUCGACAGACAAAAAGCAGAGCAGAAGAGUGCCAGAGAAGGAGUCCAGGCCGCAAGACAAGGAGGGGAAAAUGUCGAUGGUGGGGCAGGAAACAGAGUCGAGAACGAGGGAAUGGGUUCAGUUUGA